AGAACACAUACUGGAGAGAAACCUUAUGAUUGUAAUCAAUGUGGUAAAGCCUUUUCACGUCACAGUAGUCUCCAAUAUCAUAAAAGAACACAUACUGGAGAGAAACCUUAUGAAUGUAAUCAAUGUGGUAAAGCCUUUUCAAGUCAUAGUCAUCUCCAAAGACAUAAAAGAACACAUACUGGAGAGAAACCUUAUGAAUGUAAUCAAUGUGGUAAAGCCUUUUCAUGUCACAGUAGUCUCCAAAGACAUAAAAGAACACAUACUGGAUAG